GUCCACUACCCGGUUUUGAGGACUGCUAGCUCGUCGUCGCGCGCACCAUUUGUGCUCGUACUGCGCGAGACAACGCACUGAUACGUCAAGAAGACGUCGAAGCGACCGCGCAAUAAAUAGCGCUCCAGGCGCGACGCUCAGUGUCCUGCAAGCAUGUCGCCUCGGUGAGCAGUUUAACACGCGCGCCGCGCCAGCGGUGCAGUUCGACGGCGCUUACAGCGCGGCGCGGUGCGCCACGGCGCUGCGCGAAUCGUGGCGCGCAUCCGUCGGACAGGCGUCGCACACGCGCGCGCGCGCCGGGGCGGCGGCGCCCUACGCCGCGGCGCCGUCGCGCAAACCGCCGCGCCGGCGACGCCACGUCACGCGCCCCUCGCCGCAGGCCACAUCCGACGCCGCCGCCGCGCCCGCCACCACCAUGUCCGAAGUCUUUGCCGCGCGGAGCCGGCGUCCGCACAAAAAACGCCGCACCACGACACCACACAACGCAGGCCUGGGACGACGCCCUCUACGCGAAGCGCAAGCCCGAAAUUAUAAGCGAGGUCGACGGCAAGUUUUGUUGUCUAGUAGAGUGGGUCGAGCAGCCGCUACCCCCUACUGAAAAAGCUAUAAGGGAUACGAUCCGCAAGGCCGGUCCCACGCUCCCGAAGGCCAUUAUCGAUGCGGUCCCCAAGGAAGAUCCUUCCGAAACGGGCAAAUUAGAUAUUCUGGCCUUUGCCGACGAAUCGGGAUUAACGACCUCGGUCCUCGACUCGCUCCAACAGCACAGACAUGUCGGCGCCAAAAAAGUCGUCAACGUCUACGGUAAUGACGACUUGUUGGAUGCGGAGAAGGUCGAAGAGUUACUAGCUGAUUCAUGGGACGUGGUCGUGUUCGGGGCUGGCGCGGACUCGCCGGAAAGUAAUGAUCCGGACGAUGUGGUCAAGUGGUCCGACCGACUCAUUAAAGUAUUCCUCACACUAGUACAAAUCAUCCAACGCAAACCAAGCUAUGCGAAGAAGUUAUUUGUGUUGACGACCGACACGCAUUCGAACGAAAGUAAGACCUGGAAUGAAGCUGGAGUUGGCUUAGUAGCAGCCUCCCACUUAUUCGGCAUGUGCAAUACUUGCAGAUUAGAGUUACCGUCCACACCGAUUCAUUACGUGGACUGCGAAUAUAAAGUGGACGAUGACUUAGUGGAGCAGAUCGGGUAUGAGGUUUCUAGGAAAGCCGGUUUCGGCGAGAAUUCCGUGCGGUUGAAUUGGAGAGGAAGGUUCGUCGCGAGGAUGGUGUUAGCUGAACCUCGAUACACCUCUUCCAAAAUCUUCCAGCCGCCUUCUACCGGUGUCGUGGGCAUCGGAGGCGGGAACGGUGCUUUAGGUUUAGUGAUGGGCAAGUACCUCCUAGAAAGGUUGGGCGAUCAACGAAAGACGGCUUCGUUGGAGAUCAAGUUCCUGUCGCGGUCCUGCAAGAUCCAGCCGGCGCAACAACAGCUGUGGGACGACGUGCAACGCUUAGCUGCAGAAGGUUCGAUCAAGGUCACCCAGGAGAAGUGCGACGUGUCUAGUCGCGAGGCCGUCGAGGCGUUCGUGUCGGAACAUGCGGAUCGUCUAGUUGGUUUCGUGCACUCGGCGGGAAUACUGAGAGACGCGUUAUUGAUGAAUCAAGAUGCCGAAAAGUACGACGCCGUCUUCAAGCCCAAGGCCCUUGCCUGUGUGUGGAAAUCAACCAGUGAGUUAGGUUGCAUCGAACCGACGCGGGCACGGCGACAACGUCGCGUCGAUGGCGUGGGGCGCCCGAAAUUUGAUUUCCACACAGGCCUGGGCGGCUUUAUAUUUGAAUCACGCCCUCGAGAAGUUUAACUGCGACAAGCUCGAGUUCCUGUGGCUCUUUUCUAGUGUCGCUACUUAUGGCAAUCCUGGCCAGUCUCCGUAUAGUGCCGCCAAUAGUUUGCUGGACUCGCUGUCGCGCUACCGCAACGCCAAGGGCCUGCCCUGCACGGCGAUGCAGUGGGCCGGUUUGUUUCGCGGCGUCCUUUUGUACUUCCGGCGACGCUACGACCCCCACGCCAUCGCCGCGCCGUUGCGACGCCGUCGCCGCGGCCGCGAGAGAGACCCGCCCAAACGCCAUCGACGCGACGAUCAACACAGGCUGGGGCGAGGUCGGCAUGGCCGCCGGCUUGGAAGGUCUCGCGCGGAAGCGCAUGGAGGAGUCGCCCAUGCCCUUCUUCACGAACGCCCAGGGCCUCGCGGGCAUGGACGUCGGCCUGUCGACGGGCGUGUCGCCCUUCUGCGUCAUGCGUUAUAAUGCCUCGGCCUUCUUCGACCAGAGCAACCAAGAAGCGAAGAACGCGUCGGCCCACUACAUGCGCAAGUUCUGGGGCCAGUCCAUCCCGCCCAAGGAGCUCACGGAGCUCGACGUCUACGACGCCGUCAAGUCGAACUUCUACGAGCCCCACGAGCUGACCUUCGCGCACUUCAUCAGUGGUGAAGAGCUUGCCGCCGAUGAGCCCUGAAGUCGUUUUGGUGCCGGCCCUUUGUCCCCAUCCCCCUCCCAGUUUUGUGGGCCGCGCCUGUUAACAGUUUUGCUGUA